CUGCCCUCCUCCCCCUCUCUCUCUCCUCGCCGUCCCUCUCUCUCUCCAUCAAAUACUCCGCCGAAGCGCCGCCGCCGGCUCUUCUUUCUACAACCAGUCUUCCGGCAGCAACGCCCUUUCAAGGUUCACCACCGGCGUCCGCCAUGGAGCCGGGGGGCUUCCUCCGCCGCCACUUCUUACUGAGAACACACCCACACCUCAUCUCCGGCGGCGGCGGCGCCGCUGUCAUGAAGUAAGAUCAUCACAGUUACUAGGGAAGGAAGGAAGGAAAAAAGUCGCGUAAUCGGAAGUUCAUUUUCCGGUAUGUCUGGUUCGAAUGCCUCGGCGGCGGAGUCGACCUCCGACGAGACGGCGGCUAAGGUGCACAAGAGGUACGAAGGUCUGGUGAUGGUACGGACCAGAGCCAUCAAAGGCAAAGGCGCGUGGUAUUGGGCCCACCUGGAGCCGAUCCUCGUCCACCACUCCGACUCCGGCGUGCCCAAGGCGGUCAAGCUCAAGUGCACCCUCUGCGCCGCCGUCUUCUCCGCCUCCAACCCGUCGCGCACCGCCUCCGAGCACCUCAAGCGCGGCACGUGCCCCAACAUCACCGCCUUACCCACACCCAUUUCCUCUGUCCCUUCAUCCUCCUCCUUCUCCGCCGCCCCUUCUCCCUACCGCCACCGCAAGCGCGGCGGCCGCCGUCGCAACGGAGACAAUCCGGACCCCACCGGAACAACCACAACGACAACAGCAACGACGUCGUUUUCGUCUCACCACGUUGUCCAACCUCUCUCCAUCGUCGAACCUUCUAGAUUCCCUGUCGAUUUAUCCUCCCCACCCACCGUCUCCGUCGGCGGCGGCGGCUGUGGCUUCUACGGCCACCACCACCGCCCGCCGUCGCAGCUCAUGCUCUCCGGCGGGAAAGAAGAUUUGGGGCCUUUAGCACAGCUGGAAGACAGCGUAAAGCGUCUCAAAAGCCCUAAACCCUCUCCCCGCCCUCCGCCAUUAACAAAACCUCAAAUCGAUUCCGCCCUAAAUUUCCUCGCAGAUUGGGCCUACGAUUGCUGCGGGUCAAUCUCCAUCUCGGUCCUCGACCAUCCCAAAUUCAAAUCCUUCCUCAACCACGUCGGACUUCCCCCAAUUCCGCGGGGAGAGUUCCUCGGCCCUCGAUUGGACGCCAAAUACGCCGCCGCCAAAGCCGACUCCGACGCCAAAAUCCGCGACGCCAUGUUCUUCCAGAUUUCAUCCGACGGCUGGAAAUCAUCCAAGCAUCACGGCGACGGCGACGGCGGCUGCGUCAAUUUAUCCGUCAAUCUCCCCAACGGAGCCACCGUUUUUCGCAAAGCCGUCUUCACCAACGGCUACGCCACCUCCAAACUCGCCGAGGAGCUUCUAUCGGAAACCAUUUCAGAAAUCUCCGGCGGCAAUUUGCAGCAAUGCGCCGGCGUCGUCUCCGACAAGUUCAAUUCGACGGCGUUAAAAAACCUCGAGAAUCUCCACCAUUGGAUGGUUAACCUCUCCUGCCAGCGCCGCGGCUUCGCGGCCCUAAUCAAGGACUUCGGCAAGGAGCUUCAAUUGUUCCGUACCGCCGCCGAUAACUGCCUCAAGCUCGCAACCUUCGUCAACAACCACCCCCAAAUCCGCCGGACUUUCUACAAGUAUCAAAUGCAGGAAUACGGCCAUGGCAGAUUGUUAAGAGCCGACGCCCCAUUUCAAACCUCCGAUUUCUCCAUAGUCGACGACGUCCUCGCCUGCGCCCGCGCUCUGCAGCUCGUGCUCCUCGACGAGUCAUACAAAGCCGUGUCGAAGGAGGAGACGGUCGCGAAAGAACUCGAAGAAAUGAUGCGGAAUCCGUGCUUCUGGAACGAGCUCGAAGCCGUGCAUUCUCUCGUCAAACUAGUUAAGACAACGGCGCAAGACGUUGAGAUCGAGAAGCCACGAAUCGGGCGGUGUCUGCCGCUCUGGGACGAGAUGAGGACGAAGACGAAAGACUGGUGCUCGAAGUUCGGAAUUCCCGAACCAUCUGUCGAGAAGGUGCUCGACAAACGGUUCGCCAAGAAUUACCAUCCGGCGUGGGCUGCCGCGUUCAUCCUCGAUCCGUUGUAUCUAAUCCGCGACAGCAGCGGGAAGUAUCUGCCGCCGUUCAAAUGCUUGACAACCGAGCAAGAGAAGGACGUCGACAAGCUCAUAACCCGGCUUGUUUCGAAAGACGAGGCGCACAUUGCGCUGAUGGAGCUCAUGAAGUGGCGCACCGAAGGGCUCGAUCCCGUUUACGCGCAGGCUGUGCAGCUGAAGCAGCAGGAUCCGAGCACCGGGAAAAUGAAGGUCGCGAAUUCGCAGAGCAGCCGCCUCGUCUGGGAAACGUAUCUAACCGAGUUCAAGUUGCUGGCGAAGGUCGCCGUGAGGCUGAUCUUUCUCCACGCGACGUCGUGCGGAUUCAAAUGCGACGGUUCUGUCGCGAGAUGGAUUGGCGGUUCGCGGCUGGGGAGGGAUCGCGCGCAGAAGUUGUUGUUUGUUUACGCGCAUUCGAAGACGGAGAAACGGGAAGUUUCCAGCGAUGGAGACAAGGAUAACGGUGGCGAGCUCUUUGCCUUGCCGAACGGCGAGGACGAUGUCCUCAAUGAAGUUUUUGUCGAUGCGUCGUCUGUGCUCUUCUCCUGUUCCCUCUAUUCGAUAGCGAAAGCUCGCCACUUUCCUCCCGACAUAAGCAUUUGACUCGUCGAGAAGGCUAGAGGUUUAAUUUCAAACGAUUCCCCAUCGUCGCAACAACCUAGGAAAGACUACUGUUUUGAUCGGAUUUGUUGCAACAUCGAUGAGCUUGGGGCGCGGCCCUAUUUUUAUUUGGACUAUUAUGUCCCUUUACGAAAGAGCCGCGCCCCACCACGAAUGAAGUAGUGGAAGUCUAUUAGAAGUGUUUUGGUUGUUGCGGGGAGAGGGAAAAAAAGCGAAUGCCCUUGAUUCAAAAUCAUGUGUAUGGGCCCGGGCUUGUCCGGGCUCGGUUCAGUUCAGCUCGACUCGGCUCGACUCGUUUUUAAGUAUUAUUUUUAUACCCUUGACGUUGAAAGCCUGGGUGUCCGUUGGAUGUGAUGCUCGGAAUCA